AUAUUAGUGUUAGUUGGAGAGCGGAAGGAGUAACGUGGAAUUUAGCUCUAUAGUAUAUGCAAAUCUGAAGAAUACUAGAUCUGCUGUGUAAUUUAUUUCUCUCGCUCGGAGACUGAAGUGAAGAAUGAUAUUCUAAUGGUUUUCAAGACUGAGUGAGAGAGAGAGAAGAUUUAGAGCUAUUGCCAUGGUGGUCAGUUUUUGCUCAAAAAAAUACCCGUACAAGUUGGUCAAGGAAAAAUAUGUCUUUUAUGUUAAAAAAGAAAAAUACAAGUUUCAAGUGGACCUUAUCCUAGAAGAUUUAACAGCAGUUCCUUUUGUGAAUGGAAUGCUGUUUGCAAAAGUCCGUUUGUUAGAUGGAGGCAGUUUCUCUGAAAUGUCAUCGAGGGAAGAGGUGAAAGACCACUGUGUAAAAUGGGGCACACGGUUUCGAUUUUGUUGUAAAAUGAGCACAAAUGUUGUAACAGGAGUUUUAGACCCAUGUUUGUGCAGAAUUUCAGUCCGAAUGGAGGCAAAGGGAGGCAGGUCCUUCCUGAAGCUGGGCUUCGUUGACCUCAAUAUGGCUGAAUCGGCUGGGGCAGGUGUACACACUCGCAGGUGUUUGCUUGAAGGUUACGAUACUAAGCAUCGACAAGACAAUUCCAUACUUCAGGUGACCUUACAAAUGAUUUUGUUGUCAGGAGACCCUUGCUUUAAAGUACCAUUUGUAAAGCCCUCGAUUGUUCCAGGAGAACAGCCAGAAGAACAGCUUCUUCCCGAAAGAAAAACUCAAGAUUACUCAGAAAGUAGCUUAACUAGUAGUGGAUUUGGAAGUCUCCCUAGGAAGUCAAAAACUGACACCACUACCACACGAGAUGAAACUGAAUGGAAGAAAGAAGACCCUUCUGUUCAUCAGGUGGAGUGCGAGUUGGGCCAUUCUCGGAAUUCCAGUUAUGCAAGUCAACAGUCCCAUGCCUCGGGUUAUAGCAGUCUUCAAUCCCAUUCUAGACAAGGAAGCUCGGAGUCAGGACACCUCCGGAACCUUAGUUCAGGUUUCAGUGACAUGGGUUUACUUGGAAUGCCUAAACUUGCAGAAAGAAAAAGACUCACGGGAAAGAAACAGUUUACAGAAGAAAACAGAAUUGAUUCCACUAGGGUUAACGCUGAUCAACUAAUCAAGGAACUUUUCGAAGCCAGUAAUUUUGAUGAAGCUGAGGAAUCUGUGGAAAAUCGUGGAUUACAACUGUUUAUUAACAAGGAUGGGAAGACGAGCUUGGGAAGCCAGAGCAGCAAGUCUCAGUCCAGCAGAGCCAUGCUGGAAAAAGUGAUAAUUGAACACAGGUAGCAUGGUGUAGCAACUGUUCUAUUAGUACUGUAAGUGAUGUGGCAAGCUGGCUGCUACAUCAUAUAUUGUAAUAGUAAUAUGCUAAAGUAAUACAAAACGUUGUAUGUGUGGACAGUCAGGACAGUCAUCUUCUAGAAGAACUUAUUUUUAAUAGUCUGAUACGACAAUCAUUUAUUGAAAGAAAGUUCUAUUGUUGUAAGGACAGUAGACUAAAAGAGCCAAUCUUUUCCAUAUUAGACACUGUCACAUUUAGUUAGUAGAGUACUGAUCUUUACUGGUUUUGUUGCUGCAAA